UGUUAGUUGAUGUAGUACACAGCUUAAACAUGUUUUUGUACUUGAGUCUUGCUGUCAUCACAAUAGUGGUGAUUAAAUUAUUUCAGAAGAGGAAUGAGCGUGCUACAUUUGGAAUAUAUCAGAAACCUGGAAGAUGGUAUUUCCUGAAAUUAUCAUUAAUGUUAUUACUGUUAAAGACCAGAAAGGCCAUAGAUCGUUGGCAGUUGCAAUGGAAGAAGGCACGGGAUUCGUCUAAUGCAGGCUAUGGAUUCAAGUCUCGGGUUUCACCAGAAGAUAUGGAUAAGCAGCAGCCAUUAUCUAACCAUCCAAAGGCAAUUGAUGCUGUGUACUUCAAUGCAGCAAGCCGUGAUGGCCACCAGCUGGUGGUUGGAACUGCUCAUCGACCACAUGGAGUUGUAAAUGGCUUCAUGUGCUUACGGGUGCCUGAUAUUGGAUUGCUCAUGACACCCAAACUCCCUGAUACAAUUACAUUUCGCACUGAAGAAGAAGGAACACACUAUGGUGCAGAAGGUAUUCGUCUUAAACCUGUGAAACCAAUGAAGUCAUGGGAUAUAAUGUAUGAUGGCAAAAUGAAGUUGCAUGGUGAUCCAAAGAAGAUGUAUGAUGUAGCAUUAUAUGUAAAAUUUACAUCAUCAUUGCCAUAUUUUGACUUUGAUACAGACAUGGAAGAACUUGCUGUUGCUAAAGGCAUGGCCCUAGAACCAUGGAGCCAGGAAUAUUUCAGUAUUGUCAGAGACUUUCAUCAGACUCACUACGAGCAACAUGGAUCUUUUGAAGGCCAUGUAGUGAUCAAUGGUAACAAAUAUCCAUUGUGCCUUGAUGGAGCUAGGGACCACAGUUAUGCACGCAAGCGUGACUGGAGUAAUUUUCAUCGUUACGUGAUUCAUUUUAUUACUUUGGAAAAUGGAGCAAGAAUGACCAUCACUGUUGUGUGCGUGCCAAUGGUGUUCUCAAGUUUUCUAUGCAGAAUGGCAAUGGGAUAUAUGUACAAGCCAGAUGACACUCUGCUUCCAAUACAGUGGUGUGACUUAAAGCUUCAAUACCAUGGUGAGAAUGGAAAACCUCCUUCUGACUAUAGUUUCUUCUUUCAAGCUGGUGGAGAAAAGUAUCAUGUUCAAGUUGAUAUUGCAGAGUCAUUCGAAUUCUUUAUGGGAUGGGAAUGGGAAGCACGUAUAGUUGAAAAUUUGGCACACUUCACAGUUAAUGGGGUGGCAGGCUGGGGAGCUGUUGAGUGGGAAUAUCGUCACCUAGGUGGACGUCCAGGUGAAGUUGCAUCUAAUGAUCCACCCUUUACUCAUCAGAUUUGAGAAGGUUGACCCUGAAACUUGUGCAACAGAUGGUAGUGUAAAUUUUGGGGAAUUAUUUAAUUGAUUAUUACUAAGGUAUGCUGUGUGCAUCAUUACCAUCUUUGUAUGGAUCAGAUAAGUUAUCCUGCAAAGGUACAUGUUUCAUCUGUGGGAUUUCUUUUGAAUUUCAUAGUCAGUGUACUCGACGUUAUGUAUGAAAAUCUUCAUAUAACAACAAGGAACUUUAUUCUUGUUUUGCUUCUUGCAUUUGUUUCCUAACAACUGAAAAACAGUGUUCAGAACAUAUAUGAUUACAAUUUUUACUGCAUUCCUUAAACACAGCAUGAAACAUAAAUAUUUUUAGAGAAUAGGGAAAAGAUUGAUUAUGAUUAUAGAACAAAAGAUGUUUGAGGAUCAUAUACAUAAGAGAACAUAUAGUUACUGUGUGAUUGGAAUGGGCAUGAUUGUAGAAACUACUUAUAUUUCU